AUGGCAAAGAAGAGAAGUGGAAAUCCAAGAAAAAGAAGACCAAAGCAGAGAUCCGCAAAAUCUACUCUGGAGAAACCGCCGCAGCCGCAGCUGGAGAAGAAAUUUGACCGGAAGGUCAUGUUGGAAAGAAUCUCGAAAGCGAUGUUAAAGCACGAUAAGACGCUGCUUGACUGCUUCCUAUAUUCAUUGUGCGUCUUGAAAUUAUUGUCUGAAACAGGCGAUAAGAGUGAUAAAUUCUUUGAUGAGAUAUCAAACCCUCUCAUCGAAAUGUGGUCUUGGGAUGAAGAUCACGUCUUUGAGAAAUUUCUUGAGUAUAAAAAGCAGAAGCAGGCCUCGAACUCAAGGGAAACUAUUAAGGAUGAUCCGUUGGAGAAGCUAAUUCAGUCGGAUGAGGACGUGGUAUUCACUAUAUUAGAAGAUACCGCCACCAAAUUGUUGGAGUUAGAUAUCCAGGAUCGCGAGAUAUCCCCUUCCAAGUGA